GGCUCGGCCGGGGCUGGAUGCCGGAGCCGGGCUGACCUUUCCACGUGUCCCCAGCACCUGCGAGGCUAGUGGGGCGGUAGGUUUCCUUCUCCCAGGAGCGGGCCCGAGCCCGGAAGAGGCUGGGCGGCCUCGGGCUUAGGUCAGGGGGCUGGGAGGCCCACCCUCGGAACACUCGUGGCCGGCGAGCGGCUGGUGCGUAGGCUGGCCUGGCCUUCCCGCCCCGGCCGGGCCCGCGCUUCCCCCGCCGGCCGGCGCACGCCAGGAGGAGGGCGGCGGCGGCGGCUGCGGGCGGGUCUCGGAGCUUUCGGCCGGCUUUGCAGGGCGGCCUAGCGAGCGCGCCAGGCCCGGCUGGAGCGAGCCCCAGUGCAAUACUGCCCGAGCCCGGGCGGGGUCUCUGUUCUCUGGCAGAGGAGGUCCCUUGGCAGCGGGAAGCUCCCUCUCUUUCUCUCGCAGCCGCUCCGAGUCUGCGCCCUGCUGCCAGGCUCCCAGCUCGGCGCUCCCCUGUGCUCGCCCGGCGCCCACUCAUUCGCAGCCCAGCCUUCGCCGCCGCCGCCUCCCUGCUCCUCCUCCUCCUCGUCGUCUCCCCAGCCCGCCGCGGCCAUGGCGGACAGCGCCAGCGAGAGCGACACGGACGGGGCGGGGGGCAACAGCGGCAGCUCGGCCGCCAUGCAGUCGUCUUGCUCGUCGACCUCGGGCGCCGGCAGCGGCGGUGGCGGCGGGGGAGGCGGCGGCGGUGGGAAGUCGGGGGGCAUUGUCAUCUCGCCGUUCCGCCUGGAGGAGCUCACCAACCGCCUGGCCUCGCUGCAGCAGGAGAACAAGGUGCUCAAGAUCGAGCUGGAGACCUACAAACUCAAGUGCAAGGCGCUGCAGGAGGAGAACCGCGACCUGCGCAAAGCCAGCGUGACCAUCCAAGCCCGGGCUGAGCAGGAAGAAGAAUUCAUUAGUAACACUUUAUUCAAGAAAAUUCAGGCUUUGCAGAAGGAGAAAGAAACCCUUGCUGUAAAUUACGAGAAGGAAGAAGAGUUCCUCACUAAUGAGCUCUCCAGAAAAUUGAUGCAGUUGCAGCAUGAGAAAGCUGAACUAGAACAGCAUCUCGAGCAGGAGCAGGAAUUCCAGGUCAACAAACUGAUGAAGAAAAUUAAAAAACUGGAGAAUGAUACCAUUUCUAAGCAGCUUACGUUAGAACAGCUGAGACGAGAGAAGAUUGACCUUGAAAAUACUUUGGAACAAGAACAAGAGGCACUAGUGAAUCGUCUCUGGAAAAGGAUGGAUAAACUUGAAGCUGAAAAGCGAAUCCUGCAGGAGAAAUUAGACCAGCCGGUGUCUGCUCCCCCAUCGCCUAGAGACAUCUCCAUGGAGAUCGACUCUCCAGAAAACAUGAUGCGACACAUCAGGUUUUUAAAGAAUGAAGUGGAGAGGCUGAAGAAGCAACUGAGAGCUGCCCAGUUACAGCAUUCCGAGAAAAUGGCGCAGUAUCUGGAGGAGGAACGUCACAUGAGGGAAGAGAACCUGAGGCUGCAGAGGAAGCUGCAGAGGGAGAUGGAGAGAAGAGAGGCCCUCUGUCGACAGCUCUCCGAGAGCGAGUCCAGCUUAGAGAUGGAUGAUGAAAGGUAUUUUAACGAGAUGUCUGCACAAGGAUUAAGACCUCGCACUGUGUCCAGCCCGAUCCCUUACACACCUUCUCCCAGUUCUAGCCGGCCGAUAUCACCUGGUCUCUCGUAUGCAAGUCACACAGUUGGUUUCACGCCACCAACUUCACUGACUAGAGCCGGAAUGUCUUAUUACAAUUCCCCAGGUCUUCAUGUGCAGCAUAUGGGAGCAUCCCACGGUAUCACAAGGCCUUCACCGCGGAGGAGCAACAGCCCCGACAAAUUCAAACGGCCCACGCCGCCUCCGUCUCCCAACACACAGACCCCCGUCCAGCCUCCGCCACCUCCACCUCCGCCACCCAUGCAGCCCGCGGUCCCCUCGGCAGCCACCUCGCAGCCCGCCCCCUCGCAACAUCCGGUGCACCCCUCCUCCCAGCCUUAAUGCAUGUGCGCAGUCCGAACCUCACGUUGGGACUCGUUCGUACAGUGGAGCCGUCGACUCAAGACGCCAAAGGCUUCCUUCCUUCCCUGGCAUAUUCAUUCGAAUCUGACUUAUUUGCACUGAGGUUAUCUAGGCUUCACUAUUCAUUGUGUUGUAAAUGUGUGUCGGAAAAACGCAGCCAGUGUUGUGGGUCUACAACACUAAACAGACGACUUUCUCCAUCGGUGUUUUACUUGAAUCUUCAUGUGCGUCCAUUCCCUGGCUGGGACAUCGGCUAUUCAACUAUUUGGUAGUUCAGCAGCGGUGUGCAAUUUUUUGCUUGGCCCCAGAGCUUCAUUUUCCUGGCUUUUAGGUUUGUAAAAUAAAAAGGGAUAUCUUUUUUAUAUUUUUUUUCCCAUGAAUUUGCAGAAAAUUACUGAGCUGUUAUUACCCGCCCCCCCGCCCCAUUAGAAUAGUGUUUACCAAGCAUACGAGUAAUUCAGCACUACAAUUCAGACCUUUGAAAAUCUAGCUCUCACUAUAGAAUGGGAAGUUGGAUGCAUCAGUGCCCAAGACAAUGUUUAAUAGAGCUUUCUACGGAUACACUUUGUGUGGGUUAUUUUCAGUAUAUUUCAACAUCCAUGUCUCUUGUAAAACAGAUCUCCUGACGUAUUGGAUCACAUGGCUGUACCUUUUCCACAUACAUGGGAUAGAUAAUUACCGUAUAUCCGGGUGUGAGUCUUUCUUUAUCCUUGAUGUUACCCUACCCAAACUGGCCCUCUCACGUGAGUCGAUAACUGUUGUCCUACCCGCCAGUGGUUGUGAUGGCUGAUUAGAACGUGCUGUGUGAUUUCUGCUGCAGAAGGCAAUGUGAUGGUGACAGAAACGGCUAUUUUCCCUUUCCAUUCUUCACUUGCGUUCCCGUAAAAUAGAGUUCGAACAAAUAUUUUAAAGGUGCAGAGUACUAUGAGAAAAUACUAUGUGAAAUGAACAUUAUAGGAACAUCUUGGCACAAUGGCCAAAAUACUUUAUUGCUGGCAGGAAAGAGGCAUAGAGGAAAGUAGCACAUUAACACUGAGGACUGCUUAGUUCGCCCAGUAAAAGCAAGCGCGGUGUACAAAGAAGUAUAUCCUGAAUGCGUCAUUUCCAUUCAUUCAGCACAAAUAAAUCGUUUGGUUUCACUUUAAAGUGGAACGCCGUGAGUCAGUCUUUUCUUAACCCUUGCAACACCUUUAUUUUAGCUUUUCAGCAGUUAACUGUUUUGUACUUUGGUAGUAAAGUGAUUUUUACCACCUGUGUUCGCAUAUUUAUAUAUGCUGUGGACAAAAGUAACUUACUAGAGAAUGUAUAUUUUAUGAUGAGAAUGUGUAUCUGUUGGAUAUAAUCAGAGAACUGAAAAUGAAUUUAUCCGUAAUUUUUAAGAGUCCAUGUUUUGUGACGCCCAUCUCUAAUAGCUAGCUCUCUAUUGCACACUCUCCUAACCAUUAGGAACCAUGACAUUGUAGAUAUUUAAUACUGUACAGUAGAGAAACCUCCACGUUUGCCUUUGAAUGCAUAUUUAAGAGUUACACAAUGAGAAAUCGUCUUGCGGGCUAAUAGUGUUUGACUAGCAUCUUAAGAACUUGAGAGUAAAAGCAACAGUAGGAUUGUUUUUUUUUGGCUCUUUCCGUUUCCACCUCCAAACCGAGAGUGUCACUCCUCGAUCAUUUGAAAGAAAUCGUAGGUCUCUAUAAAUUUUAUUUAUCAUGUGUAAUAUACAUAAUCAUAGUACAGUUUUCAAACAUGGGGAAGAAGUUUGGCAUUUAAUUAUUGAGGCUUGAGGUUUUUAAUUCAGUCAGAUGGGGUCCUGUCCAACCCGGGGAUUUCACCAACGACUCACCGUCCCUCCUGGCACCUGGCCAUUGUGAGGAAUUCUGAGAGCAGGCGAACAAAUAUUGCCCGCAUCGUACAGUUCUCAGUUUUUCUUGUAGGAGACAUGGUAUAUGUUUACAAGAAGCUUCUAUGAGACUAUAGAUUUCAGUGCUGUUGGAUAGUGUCUUGCACUCAAACAAGAAAGUCCAAAAUGUAAUGAUCUUCCCUCCACUUGCUAGCAAUUUAGUGACCUCCUGAAAGCACAAAAGUCAAAACAUUGCCCUGUGGUGAUUGAAAAAAGCACUUGGAGUGAGCAGACAGUUCUGAUAAAUGCCUUUUGGAGACAGGUUCUUGACAUCCAGACUUCGACAGAAAUGUAGCGCCGGUUUCCUUAGACUAGUCAUUUCAUUGUAAAAUAAAACACAGCUCCUUCAAACAGCACUUUUUCACCAUAAAUCUAGUUGCCUCUCCCGGUGGACAUUCUGGAUUGAUAGAACAAACACUACUCUUUUGAAAUGAUGCUGUUUCAUGUCCUGUUCGAAUGUUUUAUGACCCCGUCUGGAGCCCGUCACGCUUGGGCAGUACCUGCUAGGGCAGGUCCUUGGCAAUGGUUUAGCCCCCAGGGACCCCGAAGAUUCCAACCCCCAGGCCAUGAGAAGCUGACUUAUCUGGGGCACUUCUCGUGGGGGCUGAACUUGGUUCCUGCUAUUCCUGUUGCCCACCUGCCCAGGGCAACCUCCGGACUGACUCCCAGAGGCCCCAGAGGCCUUGGAAGGCAGGUGGGAGCCACAGCAGGUUCAGUAACUUCAUUUUCCUGUCUUGCUGACAGAGACCCUUGGCUACCACUGUGCUGCUGAUAGGAUAAGUACUCCUCGCCAGAUGACCAUGCCUUUUAUACAAAACCAAAUUACUUUCCCUAGAACCUGAGGCCUCUCUGGGCUCUGAACUGCUCUCUCUCAUCCAGCAUGCUGGCAUUCUAGACAGACUUCUAGAGAUUUGGCAGAUGGUGGAAGUAUUUAAGAUUUGAUUUAACUUGCUCCUUUGUUAAUUGAAAGGAGUUUUAAAUUCUGAGCUCCUGAGAGACUGACCACAACCAUGGAAUGAAUGUGUGACCAGAAUGUGGCUUUGACACCAAGUGCUUGCUGCCCCUUUGUAAUUGGCUUCUAACUGAUUUGACCAGAAAUAACGGAUAAUGUGAAUUUUCGUUAACUGUUCAAUUGUAGGAAGAUAGAAUACGUAUUGCCCUUUGUUAGGUAGACGUGAACUUUUCCCGCACGAAGCCUUGCUUGUAGAGGAUGCCCAAUAAGGCAAGAAAAAGCAUAGUAACUUGUGCUUGGAGAGCUUACUAUUUUUAUCUUAUCAGUACAGAAGAAAUAUUUCUGCGUAACUUGAUCUUCUAUCUAGUACUUGUCUUAUAGGUAACCGACACUGAAAACUUCGUAGUGAUGACUACCAAAGAAAUACAUAGUAAAACAACCUUUUAUUUCCAAAUUACUAAAGAUCCAGCCAUUGACGCUGCUACGUGAGUUCCAUGCUCAAGAGCCAUUGUAAGAGAUUAAGGGGUUUUUAGGUUUUGGGUUUUUUUGGUUUUUUUUUUUUCUUCUUCUUCUUGUUUUUGUUUUUUUUUAGUUUUCUUUUUUCCUUUUUCUCUUUACCUUUUUUUUUUUUUUUUUUUGAUAAAACAUACACACACAGCUGUUAGCAUAAAAUUACGGGGGGCAUGCUUCAGUAUGCUCAGCAGUUGUGGUUAACUGCCGAGCCCUGGUUGCCUCUCGCUAGGCAAUGGAAGGAAUCCUGUGUUCAUGAUAACGUGGGGGUGCUGUGUGUGUGCACGUGUGUGUGCAUUCAUGCCUUAACUUGGGUUACUGCUCAACUUUAGUUCUUCACUGAGUCUGCACUGUCAUCUAGAUUGUAUUGUACAUCUCGAUCUGAACUUCAUCCUGGCAAAAACAAAGUUGCAGGCACAACAGUUUGAGGAUGCAUUCCUCCAGCAGAGUGUUGGAUCAGGUUGACCCUGAGCCUUCUUUGGACUUUAUUUGGAACUAGGCAUGGACAGCAAAAGUGGACUGUCCCAUGGAAAGACAUCAACAAGGAAGAGAGGAGAGCCAAGUGCUAGCAUGUCUUUGGCCUCUGUGUAUCUGUGCACACUGUACAUCGUUCAUGAUAGCUUGUCUACAACUUGACUAGGUUGGAGUUCUGGUAAUAGUGGCAAUCUUGACAUUCUUGGUCAGAGUUUAGAGAGAUGUAAGACUUCCAAUUAAUGUCUUAUUUACUUCUUUAUGUUGAUUAGUCUUUGAUACAUGUGCUGAAUCAGAAACCUAAAUAAAGAUAAUUUUUUAAAAUGAA